CUCUCCCAUACCCGCACGGCCGUACCGCCCAAUUAUCAUCCCUAGACCCUACUCCGUGGUUACCAACAACAAAAAUUAAAGGAAAAGCCGGUUCAAACACGGUCUAAAAUCUAAACCAAUAAAAAACCAAAAUAAAAAUUUCCCAAAUUCAUGGUUAUGCCGUCGUACUUUCCCUCUUUCUCUCUCCUUUUCCACCCACCCAACUCCAUUCUCUUAGCUUCUUAACUAAUUUUUAUCUAACAGAUCUUUACCCACUUAAUACUUUUAUCUAAUUCUCAAUUUUCUGCUCUUAUUUUUAAUUUUUAACUAUUAUACAAAGUUAUGAAAUCAAGUAAAGGCAAUUCUCCUGAAGAUGAUGAAGAAUAUGAUGAAGAUUUCACUUCUAAAAAAGAGGCCUCUUCCUCUAAUAAAGAUUCAAAGAACAAUGAUAAGGCAAGUGCAAUGCGUUCGAAACACUCAGUCACUGAGCAGCGGCGUAGGAGCAAGAUAAAUGAGAGAUUUCAGAUAUUAAGAGAUUUGAUACCUCAUGGUGAUCAGAAAAGAGAUACUGCAUCUUUUUUAUUGGAGGUAAUAGAGUAUGUUCAGCUCUUGCAAGAAAAAGUGCAGAAGUACGAGGGGCCAUAUCAAGGGUGGAGCACAGAACCCACAAAACUGAUGCCUUGGAGACACAGUCAUUGGCGAGUUCAGAGUUUUCUUGGGCAUCCUCAAGCUGUAAAGAAUGGUCCUGGCUCUGCAUCAACGUUUUCAGGGAAGUUUGAUGAGAGAAGCUUCAACUCAAAUCCUAGUGUGACCGCCAAUGCACAGAAUCCAGUGGAUGCAGAUUCUGGCCAUGAAGCCUAUAGAGCUUUGGAUCAGCAGUCUGAGUUGGUUGAAAAGACUGCACCUUUGCCCACACCUUUUUCAUUGCACAUGCCAACUGUUGUUCAAAGUGAUGGGGAUGAUUCCCAUCUUUCCCAAAGACCAGCUUCUGAUGGGCUAGCAGCCCCCUGUCCCAAUAACUGUGAUGAUCAACAGGGGGAGCAUACAAUCGAAGGAGGCACUAUUAAUAUCUCAAAUUCUUAUUCGCAUGGACUGUUGAUGACAUUAACACAAGCAUUGCAAAGUUCAGGAGUGGAUCUGUCUCAGGCUAAUAUUUCCAUACGAAUUGAUCUUGGGAAGCGAGCUAACCAGAGUCAAACUCCCGGGUUAUCUGGUGCUAAGGAUUUGGAGAUUUCAGCUUCCCAUGAUCUUAACAUGGGACAUGCUGGGGGCGAAAGUAGCAUGGAGAACUUGGAGCAACCCCAAAAGAAAUUGAAAUCAUAAUGUCUGAUAUGUUGCGAUUUAGGUGUUCUUUCCCCCAAGAUCUAUUCGGUCGUUCCUUCCUUGCCCUCUCUCACACAAAAUUCAUCUAUUUGUAUAUGCUGUACCUGUCAUCGGUGUUUUCUAUUACCGAUUUUCGGAGUAUUUAUAUAGAAGGAAGUUGUUUUACCACAGCUUGGACAAGGUUAAGAUUUGAUUCUCUUGAGGAAGACAUCUUGUAGAUUCUUGAAACCAUUUAGUGUGAUUGGCUGUAAUUAAUAUACAUAAAUUUUAGUUAGUCUUUAAUUUGGGUAUGCUCAUUGUCAUUAUUUGUCUCUCCUCCUAAUUUGUUAUGGAGAGCAAAUGUGGAAUCAGACAGAAGUUGAUUUGUCAGAGAUGUUGAAUAUUGGCCAUAUUUCUGCAACUCUUUGUUUUGGUUUUCCUUAUUAUAAAUUUUGGUUGAGUGAGGAUUUGCUGC